AUGGCGUCUCUAUCUGAAGAAGAGGAGAAUUAUGUCCGGUUAGCUUUGUUAUUGAAAGGAGUGACACCUAGAGCAGUCCGUACUUAUUUUGACGUAAAAUUUCCACCUACUUCUCUACCCUCAACACUAAGUACAAGCCACAACACUCUUUUGGACUUAAAAGUAAAGAGAAUCAUAAAUCAGGCUCAGUGGAAACUUUUGAGAAAUGGUAUUCCUGAUUCCAAAACAUUUGAUGUAACGUUGAUGAUCUGUUUAAUCAGAAACUUGACAUCUAUCAAUCCUCCAAUCAAUGGAUUUGACAGUCUACCACCACCAGGGGAGAUAACUCCAGGUUCUGAUCUAGCCAGGAUAAAAUGUUACAGGAAUAAACUAGCUCAUCAUGAUAGUAAUACAAGAGAUACUACUUAUUUCAAUACAGCAUGGAGAGAGAUAUCAGAUGUAAGUAUCUCCACAUUUAUACUUGGAUUUAUAUUUAACAUGUUGGACUAUUAUCAUGAUGAUCCCAUUGUCAAUACAUAG